CAAGUGUUCAUACGUCUUCAUGCCAUUGUGCAAUUCAUCCUAUAUUUGGAUUGAAUUAUACGCCUUCUCCUUGCUUUUGUUUCACUUUCAUGCUUUAAUUUCUCAUCUUCCAUGUCCAUAGAGUUUCAAAUCAGUUAUCCAAAUACUAGGCGAUCACUCGUUAUCCUUGACUUUACUUUUUGUUCAUAAUUUUUAGUAGUAAUCAUGAAAAUGAUCUCCACAUCCCUCUACAUCCCUCUCUCUCUCUCUCUCUCUCUCUCUCUCUCUCUCUCUCUCUCAUAUCUAUAUAUAUAUAUAUACCCAUAACUUCAUACAUUAGUGGUAGCAAAAAAUUGAGCAUGGAAGAAAGUUUUGUUAGUGAUGGAACCAACCCACCAAGCUACGGUGAAAGAAUUACUGUUCUAAGCAUGGAUGGUGGAGGUAUAAGAGGCAUUCUUCCAGGAAGCAUUUUGAGCUUUCUGGAAUCCAAGUUACAGGAGCUGGAUGGAGCAGAUGCCCGCAUUGCAGAUUACUUUGAUGUGAUUGCAGGAACUAGCACAGGAGGUCUGAUAGCAAGCAUGUUAACUGCGCCCGAUGAGAACCAGCGUCCACUCUUCAUGGCCAGAGAUAUUGUUCCGUUCUAUCUCCAGCAUUGCCCCAGAAUAUUUCCUCAGUCCCAUUCUACAGUAACCAGGCUACAGACUCUCACCGGCCCAAAAUACAAUGGAAAGUAUCUGAGAAGUCUAAUUCGCAGGAUGCUCGGAGCUCGAAGACUGCAUGAGACUCUAACCCGAGUGGUUAUACCUACAUUUGAUAUAAAAUUGCUGCAACCCACCAUCUUCUCAAGCUUUGUGGCGGAAAUGGAUUCUUCUAAAGACGCUUUGCUGUCAGAUAUUUGCAUCAGCACUUCCUCUGCUCCAACGUACCUUCCAGCUUAUAACUUUAAAACCCAUUAUUCGGAUGGAAAUGAAAGAGAAUUCCAUCUUGUUGAUGGAGGGGUGGCAGCAAAUAACCCUGCAUUGCUGGCUAUGAAGCCAACAGGAGCAGUGUUUCCUGGAGGGCCAGAAGAGCACUUGGCAUCAAAAGCUUUGCAGUAUGAGAAUUAUGUGGUGAUCUCACUGGGAACUGGAACUUCAAAGAUAGAGAAGAAAUACAAUGCGGAAAGGGCAGCAAGGUGGGGGAUUCUAGGGUGGCUUUACAAAGAAGGGCAUUCGCCUUUGGUGGAUGCGUUCACCUUUGCCAGUGGAGACAUGGUUGACCUUCAUAUGUCCUUGAUUUUCAGAUCCAUUAGAUGUGAGCAUAACUACCUUCGUAUUCAGGAUGACACAUUGAGUGGGGACACAUCAUCAACUGACAAAGCCACCCGGAAGAACAUGGAGGCUCUUGUGAAGAUCGGUAAAGAGCUCCUACAGAAACCGGUUUCCAGGAUGAACCUUGACAAUGGCAUAUUUGAACCAGUUGAAAAUGCAGGCACCAAUGAAGAAGCUCUCACAAGAUUUGCAAAAUUGCUAUCAGAUGAAAGGAGAUUGAGAAGACAAAGAAUCAAGAAUAGCGAAAUCGAUUUUCUAUAGAAAUUUAGAUGUUUGUGGGAUAUUUCCCAAUAGAAUAAAUGUUUGAGGAUAUAUCUUCAUGCUGAUGUUGAAAUUGCUGCAAGUUUCUUUACCUUUGUAAAAAUGGUGCACCUCAACAAUCUCGAUUCCGAUCACUCGAACUGUAAUCUUAGU